GGCCGCUAAUGACGUGACGUAACUUCCUAAAGACCGACUCAUUCUGAGAUUCAGGAGGACAUUAUUCUUGUAAAGGAGCCAUGAGGUUACAUUUGCUAUUAGCGGUCACUCUGGUGUCCAUCCCCAUGGCACUUGUACAGGGGGCCGAAAAGAAGAAGCUACAGAUUGGAAUCAAGAAAAGAGUGGACAACUGUCCCAUUAAGUCUCGAAAGGGAGACGUGUUGAACAUGCACUACACUGGUAAACUGGAGGAUGGGACAGAGUUUGACAGCAGUAUACCGAGGAAUCAGCCGUUUACCUUUACUCUCGGCACAGGACAAGUCAUCAAGGGCUGGGAUCAGGGUUUGUUGGGGAUGUGUGAAGGUGAGAAGAGGAAACUAGUUAUUCCCUCUGAGCUAGGUUAUGGCGACAGAGGAGCACCACCUAAAAUUCCAGGUGGCGCCACGCUUAUCUUUGAAGUAGAGCUGCUGAACAUCGAGAGAAGAUCUGAUUUAUAGUGACAGAGCGGUGAGCCUGUCAGUCUUAAACACUUAAAAUCAGUGUGUUUGCUGCAAGAGCAACGGCUGCAGCUGCUGUACUGGAUGAACCUGCAUAGUAAGUUCAGGUGUUACACAAUCUGAAUAAGUUUACUUGAUUUUGUUUCCCUUUCAAGAAAAAAACACACGUUAAAACAUGUAUGUAGCACCAUUCUUUAUUUGAGAGCCUUACUACAUGUAUUUGGUUGUGAGAGUGCACAAAGUACAGGUUUUCUGCCAUUCCAAAAAGUUCUGAUCAGUAACACGCAUAUCUCAAAUCUUAAAAUUGAAUAAAUGUUUUAUUUACAAAAGA